CGAUCAGCAAUGUGAUGCAGGAUGUGGAUAAACUUGUCUGUCCUUUCGCGCAAUUCUUUCGCUGUCCUGACGAUCAGUCUUAAAACAAGUUUAUCGUCGAUCGCACGUUGAUAAUAUCUGUGAGUUAAAAAUUAAAUCUAGAGAUGAAUGUGUUCAUCAGGUAUUUUGCUUGAUUUCGAACGAAAAUAAAAACCGCCAUUAUCGGAUGAUAAUCACUAUCGAGAAGCGCUUUCUUCACUGCCGCCCGUUGAAAAAAAAGUGAACAAAGAAGUGGCAAUUUCAGCAAAUCCCCUCAUUACCAUACACACGCACACAUUUGCGUAUAGAAGAUGACCCAACGAACCUGGCUGCUGCUACCGUUGGUGGCAUUCGGGGUGAUGUGCCGGAUGAGUAUCGUGUCAAGGGGCAUCCUACGGUUGGACGUGGAUCGCUACGAGGGUGAACCAUGUCCACUGAAAAACGAUGGAACCGGUGUAUGCCGCAAGUCCAGUCAGUGUCGACAGAGUGUCCGGAAUGGAGAGCGACACUGCGAAUUUGAAGGCAAUGAACCCGUUAUUUGCUGUGCGAUGCCACCGAAUGUGACCUAUGAAGCAUUCACGCGGGUUGUUCAGCAAGCUUGCAAUAGUGCGCGUGGUAUAGAUUCCAAAUUCGACUUUCAUGUGAUCGGUGAUACUGUGGCAGCUCAGGUGGGCGAGUUUCCCUUCGUGGGACUUUUAAUGUACGAAAAUGAGCAGAUUCGAUGUGGCACUUCGAUAAUUUCGGAGCGUUUUCUGCUAACAGCUGCACAUUGCAUCACAAACAAGACUAGGCCUAUAGCGGUAUUGUUGGGAACAAACGAAGCGACAGAUGGAGAUGCCGAUCGGUAUGAAACAGCCCGCGUUUUUCGUCAUAAAGGAUACAAUAGCUUAACCAAACAAAAUGAUAUUGCUUUAAUCGAGCUCAAAAGUCCAAUUAGGAUGAACUCGCAUAUCCAACCCAUUUGUUUGCACACGGAUCUAAUCGACUUACCAACAACGACCAAUAUGACAGUGAUGGGUUGGGGUAUAGACAACUCGGACAAAACCUCCAACUUCCUUCUGAAGGGUACUGUAAACCCAAUUCUACGGAGCGUCUGUCAAUCCAGAUUCGAUAAUACUAUAAGGAAAAUUAAACUCUCAACAAAUCAAAUGUGUGCUCUUGGGGACCAAAACAUCAACGGCAGAGCUACAGACACUUGCGAGGGAGAUUCCGGGGGACCACUGGUGAUCAAUCACAGUGGCAAAUACCACCUAGUUGGAAUCACAUCGUUUGGCUUUGGCUGCGGAAGUGAAUAUUUUGCGGGAAUCUACACUCGAGUGUCAAGCUAUUUGGACUGGAUCAUCGAACGGGUGUGGCAGAAGUGAUCUAUCGUUGCGAAUGUGUCAAAUUUACAUAAAGAAUUUAUAAAGUAAAGUGACAUAAAGUAUUAAGUAAGCAAUAAACAGUUAGGUAAUCGAUUUCUUCGAUACUCUUCCGGAUAUGUUUGUACAUAUGUCCUUUAGACGUGAUCGGAGAUGAGUCUACAAUAUAUAAUUUUACUCCAUUGAUUCAAGGAGUGUAUCGAAAA